CGCAAUGAAAAACAAGGCAAUUACAAUGAAGGUGUUGGAAAGAACCUUAUCGCAAUGAUAAAGUAUCUGUCCGUGGUUUCUUUACUUGCAUAUUCUUUCAGUCCCGCCCUCUCACGUCCGUAUAUAUACAACGGAGAAAAAACUAACCCGGUAGCGAUUCGACUUACAGCUCGAGCAUCAAGAUGAUGAUCUCCCAAUUGAACGAGUUGGAAAAGGAAACGUUUGCACAGUUUAAGGAAAACAUCAAAGAUUGCAAAUUGAUUGAUUCGAGUGAUGAUUACAUCGUCAAAUGGCUCAUUGCUCGAAAUUUUGACGUUGAUCAAGCUGAGAAGAUGCUUCGACGCUCGUUGGAAUGGAGACGUGCGAACCGAAUCGACGAAAUCGUAGAGCAAUGGGAGCCACCGGUGGCUCUGGUCAAAUACUAUCCGAUGGGAAUUAUUGGUAACGAUAAACAAUCAUGUCCUGUAUGGAUCGUGUCGUUCGGCAAUGCUGAUUGGAGGGGAAUUUUGCAAUCGGUCAGUAAACGAGAUUAUAUGCGGUACGUUUGUUACAUGGCCGAAAAGAGUUUCCACGAGAUGAGGAAAAAUGCGUUGCAAACGCAAAAACCAGUCACUUAUCAAACAUUUAUUAUCGAUAUGGAUGGAUUAUCGAUGAGACAAAUGUCCUACAGGCCUUUUAGAGAAGUUGGAAUCGAAGGGAUCAAGCUAUCCGAAGCAAAUUAUCCCGAAAGUCUUCGUCGCGUAUUCAUAAUCAAUGCACCCAAGGCCUUCACGUUCGUCUUUUCCAUGGUGAAACCAUUUUUGCAUCAGGUGACAUUGGAUAAAAUCAGCGUCUUUGGUUUCGAUAAAAAUGAAUGGAGCGCUGCUUUGCUGAAAGAAAUCGAUGCGGAUCAACUUCCAGUUUAUUACGGUGGCACAAUGACCGACUCGAAUGGAGACCCAAAAUGUUCCAGCAAGGUUUGCACGGGAGGAGAAGUACCACAAUCUUAUUACCUGGAAGUGGUUAAACCGACGCCCAAGAAGUACAUGACGUCGUUGGCGUUGUCCAGUGGCAGCAAAAAGAAACUUGAAUACAAAAUAAUUCAAGCCAAUUCAGUGCUCAAGUGGGAAUUUAUGACGGAGGAAGGUGACAUUGGAUUCGGUAUCCAUUACAUUGAGAGAAACGGUGAGAGGGUAGAUCUAGUCAACAACGAAAGAAUUGAAAGUAAUUUGAUUAUGGAAGAAGGUGAAGUUGUUUGCACUCGGCCAGUCCUCUAUGUCGUGGAAUUUGAUAAUAGUUACAGUUACCUCCGAUCAAAGAAAAUUUGGUACCGCAUCAUCAUCGAUCUCCCUUCAUCCACUACACCGUACGAGGAAUUCGAUCGGAAAUAAGAAUGAAAUUGCAAAUGAUCGAUAGUGUUUAUUCCUUUAGACAAACGUUUGUAGUUCUGUAAAUGAAUGCUUUUAAUUUCUUACGUUAUUGCCGUACUAUUGUGGAAUUUCACAAGCGUUGGCAAUAAGGUUUACGUCUUUUCAAAAUCUAUCAUUGCCGCUUAACCUGAUCAAGCCUCACGUAUUCGAUUCGGGCGGAAAAAGUUAUAGAACGUCCAACAAAUUGGCAAUUAUUUAAUGUUUUAAAGAAAUAAAAGGUUUCCGGUUAAAAUGUUUA